CAAUUAAACAAAGCUCAGAGCCCUUCUCUACUCUAUCUCUCUCUCUCUGUCUCUGUGGCGAUGUCGAAGAGCAAUUUGGUUUCUUCAAGCCCUAACCCUAGCUGGAUAGGCUCUGGAGUCGGCGCGGUGGGAUCCAGGGAGCAGUUGGAGAUAAUCUUCAACAAGUUCGACAAGAACGGCGACGGAAAGAUCUCCUGCGACGAGCUCAGGGACGUGUUCGGUGAGCUCGGCUCCGAUACUUCGUCGCUGGAGGAAGUGAGCAGCAUAAUGGCGGAGUUCGACAGAGACGGCGACGGCCACAUUGACAUCCUGGAGUUCGCGGAGCUCAUGAAUGGCGGAUCGAGCCAAGAGCUUCGCGACGCCUUCGACCUCUACGAUCUCGACAAGAACGGACUGAUCUCGGCGAGUGAGCUUCACGAGGUGAUGAAGCGAUUGGGGCUGAAGUGCUCGCUCCAGGACUGCGUGAGGAUGAUCAGCAACGUCGACGCCGACGGCGAUGGCCACGUCAACUUCGACGAGUUCAAGAAGAUGAUGAAUCCCCGUUGAUCCUCCGUACGGGGAGUAUGAUUCACAUGCAAGGGCCCACAUGUGAAGCCCAUGGUGGGAUGGCUGCCAGCUGUGACAUGUGGAGCCUUUUAAGACAACGAUGCUCUUGUUGGUCGUUUGAGUGGUUGUACUUUUUUCCUGUUGUUUUUAAUGUUUUUU